AGCCAAAAGUAAGACAGUUAAAGGUAAAGUGGAAAUAAAAUAAGAUCAUCAGCCAAGAAAGACCUGUUGGAAGAAGCAGAGGAUGGAAAAUAAAGGGGAGCAGUGUUUUAUCGUAUGUUUUUCAGCAUGCCUUCUGAAACUUAACUAAAAAUAUGACUGCACUUUCUUCAGAGAACUCUUUUCAACACCAGUUACAUCAAACAAAUCGGCCCCUAGAUGGUAACUGUCUGCUGUUCUUGAUCAUAUUUGGGAAAAUAUUAUUAAAUAUUCUCACACUAGGAAUGAAAAGAAAAAACACCUAUCAACAUUUUAUGGAAUAUUUUUGUAUUUCUUUAGUAUUCAUUGAUUUUUUACUUUUGGCAAGCAUUUCCAUUAUAUCUUAUUUCCGGGAUUUUGUAUUUUUAGGGAUGAGAUUUACUAACUACCACAUCUGCCUGUUUACUCAAAUUAUUUCUUGUACUUAUGGAUGUUUGCAUUAUCCAGUCUUCUCCAUAGCUUGUAUAGAUUAUUGCCUGAACUUCUCUAAAACCAUCAAGCUUCCAUUUAAGUGUCAAAAGUUAUUAUAUAUCUUUACAGUCAUUUUAAUUUGGAUUUCAACCCUUUCUUAUGUUUUGGGAGACCCGGCUAUCUACCAAAGCCUGAAAGCACAGCAUAGUUAUUCUUAUCAAUGCCCUUUCUAUAGCAGUGAGCAGAGUUACUGGCUGUCAUUUGCUAUGCUGAUGGCUCUAUGUGUGGCUUGUGUAACCUGUUGUUCAGAAGUUGUUACCCUGGUACAGGGUAUUAGGAUAACUUCUUAUAAGAAAGAGACUAUCCUUUAUUUCCCCUUUUCAUCCCACUCUAGUUAUACUGUGAACACUAAGAAAACACUCUUGCCCAAGUUCAUUAUCUGUUUUCUUGGUACCUGGUUACCAUUGGUAUUCCUUCAAGUAAUUAUUCUUUUACUUAAUGUACAGAUUCCAGCAUAUAUUGAAAUGAAUGUCCCAUGGCUGUAUUUUGUUAAUAGUUUUCUAAUUGCUACAGUUUACUGGUUUAAUUGUCACAAGCUUAAUUUAAGAGACAUUGUGUUAACUGUGGAUCCAUUUGUCAACUGGAAAUGUUGUUUCAUUCCAUGUACAGUUCAUAAUCUUGAGCACUUUGAAAAGCCUAUCUCGAUAAUAAUUUGUUAA